AUCUGCUUAACAAAACAUAUAUAUCAAAAGUAUGAGUAGUCGUGCGUCAUCUCCCAUGAGGGCUCAGGUUCAGUCAGGUGCCAAUGUUUCCAACAUCAAUCUUGACGAAUCAUUCUCUCCCGUAAAGUUACCGGUAAAGACUCCCAUCAAGGACUCGAACUUAGGACCAGAUAUCAGUCAUCAUAAAACUCCAGAAGUUAUAGUUAAACAUCCUCAUGGAUUAACUGCCAAAUAUGAAGCAAGAGGAAGUGGAAGUGGAAGUGGAAGUGGAACUGAACGUAAAUCUUUAGUACAAACCCCACUAAUUCCUCAACCCCAAUUUCAAUAUCAAAAUCAAAUUCAAAUUCAAAAAUUAACUAAUUCAGCAAAACAACUUAGUCGUGAAUCAACAAAAUUAUCACCAAUGUUACCUCCACUGUUACCAUUUACAUCUCCAAGACAUUCUAGUCAAAAAUAUAUUGAUAUAGAAAGUAUAAAGAAAUCCAAAACAAGAUUAGAUUCUAAAUUAAAUAAUAUUUUAUUAAAGAAGAAUCAAAAACAAUCAAGUCCUCAUGAUGAUACUGAUGAUAGUGGUAAAGAAAAUAGAAAUCCUCUUGAUAGUUCUCCUGUUCCUAAAGUUGUAUCUACUUCAAUCAUUGAAGAUUCAGUAAGUUCUCCUUUAAAGCGUACUAUUAGUGAUACUAAUCAAGAAGAUCAAGGAUCCGCUAGAAAACUUGUUAAAGUAAAUGAAAAUGAACAAGCACCAGAAGAAGAUGAUCAUCUGAUUCAAAUUGAUGAAGUAUUCUAUAAAGAAGAUUUAGUAGGUAAAUUAAGUAAAUCAUCUCCAACUAUUAAUAAUCAUAAUCACAAUAAAUCUUUAAAUCCAGUUAUAAUUGAUAAUGAUAGUGAUAGUGAUCCUGAUGAUUUUGGUAGAAUUGAAAAUACUAUAAGUCAAACCAUUAUACCAAAUACUAUUGGAUUAAAUCAUAAUAAUAUUACUCAAACUCAAUUAGGUAAAAUCAUUAGACUGGAAGAUAUGGCCAUGGCCAAAGAUUAUAUAACUCCUCAAAGAUAUACUGAGCCAAUAGCUAAAAGUCCAACUACUAAUUUACAUGUUAGAGUAAAUGAAUUAGAAAAUGUAUCAGAAAAAGAUGAUGAAGAUGAUACAUCAUCUAAAUCAGAAUUAAGAGAUAGAGAUAGAGAUGUAGAUAUAACUAGUCCAUUAAAAUAUCAUACAGCCAAGACUAAUGUUGAAAAAUAUUUAGAUAAUGAAGAUGAAAUAUUUGAAAAUAAAUUAGAAAAUGAACCAACAAUCAAUUUUCUUAUGUCACCAAGUUCUAAACCAGUAUUUUCACUUGAUCAUAUAAGUAAAAUUCAAAAGGAUCAUGAAAAAAGAUGUAAUGAAUUUAUAUCUCAACUUUGUAAUAAAGAUGAAAGAAUUUUAACUAUAACUAAAGAAUUAAAUGAAUUACAAGAUUGUUUAAUAAAGUAUGAGAAAGAAAUUCGAGAUUUAAAAGAAUCUAAAAUCAAAUUAAGAAGUAAUGAAGAAAUUCUUUCAAUUCAAUUAAAACAUAAUGAACGAGAAUUAGCUUCAUUAACUAAAAGUUUUAAAAUUAAAGAAAAUACUGUUAAUGGAUUCAAAUCUAAAUUAAAUAAUAUUAAAUCUAAGAAGGAUCAAUUAAAUGAAAAGAAUAAUCAACAAUUAAUUGAAAUUAAUAAUUUAAAUCAUCAAAUAUCUGAAGCUACUAAUUUAAAUAUUGAUAAUACUAUUAAAAUUGAAACAUUAUUAAAGGAAAAGGAAGAUUUAUUAAAUGAAGUAGAAACUUAUAAAACUCAAAAUAUUCAAUUAAGUUCUGAACUUGAGAAAUUACAAUCUCAACAAAAGGAUUUAUAUAAUAAAUUAGAAGAAUUAAAGACAAGUAAUACAGAAUUAGCCAAUGCAAAUUCUGAAAAUGAAAGUUUAAUUAAAGAAUUUGAAUCGGUUGCUAAUUCUAAGAUUACUGAAUUAGAAACCACCAUUGCUAAUAUUAAUAAAGAGAAAGAAGAAAUUUAUAAGACAUUAGAAAAAGCUGAAGAAUAUGAAAUUGAAAUUAAAGAUUUAAAGACGGAAAUAAAUGAAGUUAAUGAAACUAAUCAUAAUAUAACCAAUAAAUUAGAUGAUUUAAUUAAUAGUAAUGAUAAAUUACAAGAAGAAAUUAAUGAAUCUAAUAAAAUCAUUAAAGAAAAGGAAGAAAUUAUUAAUGAAGAUAUUAGUAAAAUGACGGAAUUAGUUGAAGCAGUACAAAAGAAGGAAGAAGAAUAUAAUGAACGAGUUAAAGAAUUACAAGAUCAAAUUAAUCAAUUAAGUUCAGAAAAGCAACAAGCUUUAGAACAAGUUGAAAAUACAAAAAUAGAAGCUGAUAAUGAAGUUAAGAGAUUAGCUCAAUAUUUACAUCAUGAAUAUGCUGAAAAGCAUGCUAAAAAGCUUGGAGAUGUUAAAUUACAUUAUGAAAAGGAGAAGGAUAGUCUUACUCGAGAUAAACGGUAUGCCGAAAGAGAAGUUGAAUUAUUAAAGAGAAAGCUUAAUAAUUCACUUCAAGAGAUUCGACAAUUAACUGAUUUUAUUGAUGUAAAUAAAUUACAGUAUCAUGGGCGGGUAAGUCCUAAGAAGAGUUCGAGAUCGAGACAUCAGUAGAGUAGAAAGUAGUUAGUUAAUUACAGAGUAGAGUAAUAAAUAGUGUAAGU